UGCAGCCCGUGCGACAUCAGCUGUUCGAUCACAAUUGUUGACAACGCGGAACAGUUAAACAUUUACUCUAUAAAAUGCCACAAGUUACUAAACCUAACGAAGAAUUUGAUGUGGUCAAAUACUUUCUACAGCUGCUCGAGGAUGAUAAGGACUUGUCCUCAGGCAUUGCGGCCAUCAAAACGCUGCUCAUGAUCUUGGAAAAGAAACAAUUUGGCACCAUACACAUUUUGCAUACCACAAUGCGCGAGGCUGUGGCGGCCAUGCGCAACACGGAUCUGUCCAUAGCCGCGAUUGUGUCGGCGGGCGAGCUCUUCUGCCGUUUCAUAACACUCAGCUUGGACGACAAGCAUAUGGAGGAGUGUCGGCAGAUAAUGUUGAAUCGGGGCAAGAUCUUCUUAACCAAGCUGCAAAACUCGCGUCAAGUGAUUUCCCAGCAGGCACAGCGCUUCAUCAGCGAUGGCUGCCGAAUCCUCACACACUCCCGAUCACGGGUCGUUCUCAAAGCUCUGAUAGCAGCAUCGCAGAACAAAAAGACGUUUCAUGUAUUUGUGACGCAAGGCGGCAUAGGGAACUCAGGGGAGGAGAUGGUGCAGGAUUUGCAGGCAGCUGGCAUUGAUUGCACACUUAUACUGGACUCGGCGACGGGCUAUGUCAUGGAAUCGGUUGACUUUGUUAUGGUUGGCGCUGAGGCGAUCGUUGAGAGCGGCGGCAUUAUCAAUCGGAUCGGCUCUUAUACAAUGGGCCUGUGUGCGCGCGAAAUGAAGAAACCCUUCUAUGUGCUCUCCGAAAGUUUCAAGUUCUCUCGGCUGUAUCCAUUAAAUCAGAGAGACUUGCCAAACGAGUACAAGUACUCCCGCAAGCAUUUGAAUGACAUUUCAAAGGUGCAUCCACUGGUCGAUUAUACGCCGCCUGCCUAUAUCACGCUGCUAUUCACGGACCUGGGCAUCUUAACGCCAUCGGCGGUUAGCGACGAAUUGAUCAAACUGUAUAUGUAAAGCUUGGCUAAUAAAACGACAUGUGACUCUGA